CAACCUCCCAGCCAUCCAAUGCAUCUCGCCUAAUCGAUUCAUCGUCUAGAAUAUCCCCGCAAUGAAUGACGGCGCCAUCUACAACGAGGAAGACAACGACGCGACACAACCUGUUUCCUCGCCUGGAUCAGUGAGAUGUCCCUAUGCGGCUCCAGCAAGCCAUAGCGCUGCGUGAAUAGCAAUUCUGCUCUUCUCGAAGACGUUGCUCGGGACUGUUUCCUGCGGGACAAGGUCGUAAAAUUCCGAUGCCCACUACGCGCUGGUUGACUCUUUGAGUUGACUCCGCUGUAAGGGUCGGGACCUUGUUAGGUAGCAGCUAUUGCUGUCUGCUACCGUUGCCAGUACAUUAUCCGCAGCUAACGUCUUCCUUGAGGAGCGGAGGACUUUUUAAGCUCCGCAUUCAUGGCAGGCUAUCGCUUCGCGUGGAUCGCUGUUCUGCUCCGGUGAAGAUACUCCUCGGAACUGUUGCCUGCGAGACAAGGUCGUAAAAUGCCAAUGCCAGCCCUACGCUCUCAGGCCAUCGCUUGACUUGCGUCAGUGGAGGGGUUGGGAUCUUGUUAGGUAGCAGCUACUAUUGUCUGCUACCGUUGCCAGUACAUUAUCCGCAGCAGUGUUUUCAUUGAAAUGAGUGGGGGGACUUUUGGAGCUCCGCGCUACUCACUGUAUUCACGGCCAUGGUCAGGGGAACUGCACAUGACGGCCAUAAUAUGCACCAUGUGUGAUUUGCUAAUGUAUUCUGACUUUAGAUAUUCUAGUGUCUCCCAAAAUAAUCGCCAUGAUAAAGUAAACAGCAAUGACGACGGAGAUGAACAGAUCAAGAGUAGCAUCAAUGAAUCGCCAGCCGUGACUGAACCUGCAAAAGAAGAGAACGCCACCGUGAUCGACAUAUCUUAUCAGAAGAACAGUAACAUGGAAUGAUGCUAGUGAACAACUUUGUCAGAUGGAAGAUGUCUCAUUCGACUUGUACUUGAACACUUCAGCCAAUACAGCAAUGUUCAAGCUUCAUGCUUAUGUUAUCCUCAGAGGCGGCAAAGGCAAGAGCAACAAGCAAGCUGUUCAUUUAUACAUAUAUCCCGAAAGGAUUUAAGCUAUAAAGUACAAUGUCUACCACAAUCCACAGCCUUCAACCCCCAAGACAUUCUAGCCUCGGCAUUACUCACUAUGCAUUUCCAUGACGCAAGCGCCUGAUUUCAUACGCCCCAAAGGACGCCCUUUAGACUCUAAAGGCAAAACGAAGACUCGACUACAUUUGAUUGAAGACCUGGCCAGCGUGACCAAUUUUAUUGUGCAUCUCGACAGUUCCAACGCAGUUCUAAGCAAAGCAGACCUCGAUUUACUCGAAAAAACAUUCUCGGGCGAUCGCCCUGAAGGCCGCCCGCGCACAGAUCUGCCGCGGGCAAACCCAGCUACACUGUAUGCUGGUCGUGGAGGCGAAGUUGCCGAGAAGAAUGAAUUUACGCAUACUGCGGAAAGCCCUCCUCCAUACGCUGGCGCUGUGCCAAACCCUCAAAAUUCCACCCGCGUCCUAGUUCUUCUAAAAGACGUUGUGUGCCGCCUGGACAAUAUCGAAAAUCGGAUUGAAACACGCUUUGAUGAUAUGGAAAGCCGUGUCUCUGGGCUAGAGCAAUACAUCAAAGACAACCUCAGAGACGUACUCGAUAAUGGCCGCAGCCCAUGUCGAUAUGGAACAGAAGAGAGACAAGAGAUCUUUGAAGAGAUGAAUAACCAAAUUGACGACUGCGCAACGGACCUGAAAUGGACUUGCCAGGAUGCAAUCAACGAAAUGGAGAAGGAAAACGGCAGGAUAUUGACUCGAGUGACGGAAGAUUUGAAAGAAGAAGUGAGACAAUCAAGCGACGACGCCUAG